GAGCCGACGUAGCGGGGCCAGGAAGCCAGUCCUGGCUCCUGGACUCGGGACUCGGUGGCUGUGUGUCCCCGCCGCGGGGCUGUGCGCUGCAGACUGCGGGACCAGGAGGAUUUUUUUUUUUUUUGAAGAAAAAUGUGUUUCUUAAAUCAAGCCAAUGUCUCCUCUAUGCAAAUAACUUAAGGAUAAUAACAGAAAAGAAGCAAAUUAAACCAAAAGCUCAUUUGCAGUUCAGAAAAAAAAAAAUCAUGGAGUUUUGAGGAGUGAACGUAGCAUGGUGUCGGCCAUGGGUGAUCAAGACACAGACAAUGUGGAUCAACUUCUUCAAACUACGACUUUUCUGCUGUGUGCUUGCAGUGCUGAUGGUGGUGGUACUGAUCAUCAAUGUUACUCAGGUAGAGUACUUGGACCGUGAGACUGUUUCAGCCACAUUCAUUGACAGCAGUGGACAGUUUGUUUCCUCUCAGAUGAUAGGAAUUAGCCGGAAUCCUUACUGUGGCUAUGAGCACCAGAUCCUGUCCCCGCACGAGCGUAUGGAGGAGGACUCCUUACUGGCUGCCUUGCAGUGGCAGGUGCCUGAUGUGGGCCCAGUCCCCUUUAUGAAGAGCACUGACCCUUCUUCCAGCUAUUUUGUCAUCUUGAACUCUGCAGCCGCUUUCGAGGUUGGAAGCCAGUUGGAGGUGCUGGUUCACGUACAGGAUUUUCAAAGAAAGCCCAAGAAGUAUGGUGGAGACUACCUGCAGGCCAGAAUCCACUCCCGUCACUUGCAGGCAGGGGCUGUGGGCAGAGUGAUAGACUAUCAGAAUGGGUUUUACAAGGUCUUCUUUACUUUGCUCUGGCCAGGCAAAGUUAAAGUAUCCAUAUCUCUGGUUCACCCCAGUGAAGGCAUCAGAGUUCUUCAGCAUCUACAGGAAGAUAAACCAGACAGAGUUUAUUUCAAAAGUCUUUUCCGUUCAGGAAGAAUUUCUGAAACUACUGAGUGCAAUGUAUGUCUUCCUGGGAAUCGGCCUCUGUGUAACUUUACAGAUCUCUACACUGGAGAACCCUGGUUCUGUUUCAAACCAAAGAAACUCCCCUGUAGCAGCAGAAUUAACCAUUUCAAAGGUGGAUAUCUGAAGGGUCUUCUGACUGCUGCAGAGAAUGCUUUCUUCCAGAGUGGUAUCAAUAUCAAAAUGCCAAUCAACGCCAGUGGACCUGAUUGGGUGACUGUAAUUCCCAAGAGAAUAAAAGAAGCUAACAACAUAGAACUGUCUCAAGGCUCAGGAACUUUUCCCUCUGGGUAUUAUUACAGAGAUCAGUGGAGACCCAGAAAAUUUCAAAUGCGACAGUUUAAUGACCCUAACAACGUUACAGAAUGCUUAGAAAGAAAAGUGGUGUAUUUAUUUGGUGACUCAACAAUCAGGCAAUGGUUUGAAUACCUUACUACAUUUGUUCCAGAUUUGGUGGAGUUUAAUUUGGGUAGUCCCAAGAAUGUGGGUCCCUUCCUUGCAGUGGACCAGAAGCACAAUAUCCUCCUUAAAUACCGCUGCCAUGGACCACCCAUCCGCUUCAAGACUGUCUUUAGCAGUGAACUCCAUUAUGUGGCAAAUGAACUGAAUGGUAUUGUGGGCGGGAAGAACACAGUGGUUGCCAUAGCUGUAUGGUCUCAUUUUAGUACUUUCCCCUUGGAAGUAUAUAUCCGACGGCUCAGGAACAUUCGCCGAGCAGUGGUCCAUCUCCUGGAUCGAAGCCCCAAGACUGUGGUUGUUAUCCGGACAGCCAAUGUCCAAGAGUUGGGACCUGAGGUGAGCCUUUUCAACAGUGACUGGUACAACUUUCAGUUGGACACUGUCCUUCGGAAGAUGUUCUCAGGGGUUGGAGUGUAUCUUGUUGAUGCCUGGGAAAUGACCUUGGCCCAUUAUCUACCCCACAAGCUACAUCCAGAUGAAGUUAUUGUGAAGAACCAACUGGACAUGUUCUUGUCCUUUGUGUGCCCCUUGGAGAUUUAGCCUGCUGUGGAAGAAACUGGAAGAAUCAAUUUCAAUGACCUCUGUCAUCUGCACUACACGAAGUUUUAUGAGAGCUUCAUGGAGAGAUGUACUAGUAUGUACAGAAAUUCAAAAUGUACGGGACUUUAUAUAAUGACUUGUAAGAAGCUUAGGAAAUGCAGGUUACAUAACAUAUCAAAGGGUAUGGUAGUGGCACACCUAGUCGAGUGCACAUGUAACCACCAUUUAUAUCUAUCAGUAUCUAUAGGAGUUUUCCCAAUGUUAUCUUAGCCAUAGAUGAGAGAACCAUCGUUACUAGCAUCUACAUACUGUAUUGCCCCUAAAACCAAAGAUGCUAAUGAGUGCUUUUGAACUCACUUUUCCUGAGAGGGUAGAUUCCUAUGGUAAGAAGUGUGACAGUUCUAAUUUAAGUGGGAGGAUUAUUCCACCAGUUGAAUGUUUGUCGCCUUAUCUGCUAAAGGAACUUGUGAACAUCUACAUGAAUAGCAUAACUGGUCUGUCUUCAGGAGAGUGAACUAGUGAGACUAAUAUUUUUUAAUCUGUGGCUUCUGAAACACACAAUACACUCUUGGGAGUUUCUCUUGAUGACUCAUUGCUUUUGUCUGAAUUACUUCAGGAAAGUUGGUCUCAGGGGCCGGGUGGUGGCUCACCUGGUUGAGUGCACAUGUUACAGUGUUCAAGGACCCAGGUUCAAGUCCCCAGUCCCCAUCUUCAGGGGGAAAGCUUUGCAAAUGGUGAAGCAGUGCUGCAGGUGUCUCUUUCUCCCUCUCUUAUCUUUCCUACCCUCUUAAUUUCUGGCUGUCUCUAUCUAAUAAAUAAAGAUGAUUAAAAUUUUAAAAAAAAGUUGGUCUCUUUGUUCAGAAUUUGCUAGUGAGAAAUUUACAGCGUCCUGCAUGGAUUUAGAAAAGCUACAUCAGUAAAGUAUGUAUAAAAGCACUGAUAUUUGUAUUGAGUGAUUAUUGAUUCAGCCACAUUUUCCUUGAUGAUAAAAUAACCACUUUUGGAAUUAGAAAGGGGAAAAUCUAUAAAUUAAAAUUUUUGUGUUCUGAAGCUUGAGGGUUUUAAGAAUUGAUUUAUUGUGUAAAGAAUGCUGUUGAUUAUUAUAAAGUUGUGAAAGUUACUUCCACCAAUAACAAGU